CCCGCCAUGGCGGAGCGGGCCGCCCCCCUACCACCUCCACCACCUCCGCUCGAGGCCAAGCCCGCUGCCGCCCCCGCCAACCCCAGUCCCACGCCCCGUCUCACCGAAACCUACGUCGUCCAAGUCCCCAAGGAGCAAAUCUACCGCAUUCCACCCCCAGAGAAUGCCAAGCUUGUCGAGCAGUACCGCAACAACCACAACAACCGCCACCAGCGGCGGCCCAUCAUCCCGUGCCUGAAGUGGACCAUCGGCAUCGCCGUUGUCGCCGGCAUCCUAGCUGCCACCAUCGCCAUCAUCUACUUCUUGGUCGUGCGACCUGCCGACCCCUCCUUCUCCGUCACCCGGCUCGUGCUCAAGAAUAUUCCAAAUCCUCGAGGUGGCUCCCCACCGAAGCCCGAGUACCAUUUCACCAUGAGCGUCGACAACCCGAGCUUGCGCAUGGGGUACUCCUAUGUGGCUGGCGGGAAGGCCAUCCUCGCCCACCAUGGUGUAGAAAUUGCGGUCGGAAAGACACAGGCAUUCCAUCAGGGAUACCAGAACACGACCACCUAUCAACUAGUCCUCCAGGGAUCGCACAUUUUGCUACCAAAACAGAUCCAAAGCAGUCUAAAAGGGUCGAAGGACGUCAUCCCCCUAUCCUUGAUGAUUGAAUUCUCAGUGAGGAAGACGAUAGGCGUGUUGGAGAUGGGGAACAAGAGCAUGGAUGUAACAUGCGACAUUAAGGUCAGUGGAUUGACCAAGGAGGCCCGGAUCGUAUCCCAGGGGUGCAAGUCUAAAUUCACAUAACAAAGGUGGUGGUCGAAAUCUUCAACAAUGGAAGAAGAACGUCUCUAAAUUAGUCUCUUCUUUUUGUUCUUUUAAUUGUUGCUUGCUUUUUCUUCUUCUUCUUCUUCUUCUUCCUCCUCCUCCUCAAUCUUUUAGGAGUGUACCAGUUCAACGAAUUAUUUAUAUGAGUUUGGUAAAACUGUAUAUGAGAUAGAGAUAACUGAUCAUUAAGUGGGUAGCUCUCGGUUAAUGAUCUAUACUAUCAAAAUAAUAUACUGCUGGGACUCAUUUGGCUUGCGAGAAAA